CGUAUCGUACAUCGUUUCUUUCUCAACAUAAUAAUAAUUUCCACUUCGUGCUUUCUUUGGUGGCAUAUCUUCUUCCUUCGUUGUCUGUGACCCCGUCUCUCCUAAAAGUCGGCCACAAUGGCGACGAAAAUGGGGAAGGUCAAGAACAAGGCGCCUGCAGAGAUGCAGGUGACUGCAGAACAGCUGUUACGUGAAGCGAAGGAACGUCAACUGGAAGUUGUUCCUGCACCACCUAAGCAGAAAAUCUCGGAUCCCGAGGAGCUGGCAGAGUAUCGCUUGAGAAAGCGAAAAGCUUUUGAGGAUGAGAUCCGAAAGAAUCGGGUUCUGGUAUCCAAUUGGAUCAAGUAUGCCCAGUGGGAAGACUCGCAGCAAGAGUUGGAGCGAGCACGAUCUGUCUAUGAACGAGCAUUAGACGUUGCCCAUCGUAAUGUCACCGUUUGGCUGAAAUACGCCGAGAUGGAGAUGAAGCGAAAGCAGAUCCAGCACGCGAGGAAUAUCUGGGACCGUGCAGUGACGGUGAUGCCCCGGGCGAACCAGUUUUGGUACAAGUACACCUACAUGGAGGAGAUGCUAGGAAACGUGGCCGGUGCGCGGCAGGUAUUCGGACGCUGGAUGCAAUGGGAGCCAGAUGAGCAGGCGUGGUUCUCUUACCUGAAGAUGGAGCUGCGCUACAAAGAGGUGCCUCGAGCACGGCAGAUCUACGAGCACUUUGUCAUGGUGCACCCGGACGUGAAGAACUGGAUCCGUUACGGGCGCUUUGAGCUCCAGCAUGGCAAUGUGUCGAGUGCCCGAACUGUGUUCGAGCGUGCAGUGGAUUUCUUUGGAGAUGACCACCUUGAAGAGCAGCUGUAUGUUGCUUUCGCGAAGUUUGAGGAACAACAGAAGGAGUAUGAGCGUGCGCGUGUCAUCUACAAGUACGCCUUGGACCGCAUACCAAAGCAAGAAGCCCAGGACCUGUUUAACCAGUACUCUCGGUUUGAGAAGAGAUUCGGUGAUCGCCGUGGUGUCGAGACGGUGGUCGUCAGCAAGCGCCGCUUCCAGUACGAGGAGGAGGUCAAGGCCAAUCCGUGCAACUACGAUGCCUGGUUUGAUCUGCUGCGCCUGACCGAGGAGGACUCAGACGAGGACGCGGUGCGAGAAACGUAUGAACGUGCCAUUGCGAACAUUCCGCCGAGUGCAGAGAAGCGGCACUGGCGGCGCUACAUUUACCUGUGGAUUUUCUACGCAAUGUACGAGGAGCUUGUUGCUGAGGACGUCGAUCGAGCACGGCAAGUCUACAAGGCGUGCUUGGGCAUUAUUCCUCAUCAGCAGUUCACGUUUGCCAAGAUCUGGCUGAUGGCGGCGGAGUUGGAAGUCCGCCAGCGUGACCUGCCAGCAGCUCGUCGCCUGCUGGGAAACGCGAUCGGGCGGUGUCCGAAGGACAAGCUGUUCCACUCGUACAUUGAGAUUGAGCUGCAGCUGCGCGAAUUUGACCGCUGUCGCAUGCUCUUCGAGAAGUUCUUGGAGUACAACUCGGCUAACUGCACGACCUGGAUUCGCUUUGCCGAGAUGGAAACCCUGCUUGGCGACGCGACUCGAGCACGGAGCAUCUUUGAGUUGGCCAUCGAGCAGACUCUGCUGGACAUGCCCGAGGUGCUGUGGAAGGCGUACAUUGACUUCGAGAUCGCUCAGGACGAGCCGGAGAAUGCUCGGCAACUCUACGAGCGUCUGCUUGAACGCACGCAGCACGUCAAGGUUUGGCUGGCGUUUGCCGCGUUUGAAGCUCGGCAGAGUGCCGAGUCGGCUCGCGACAUCUUCCGCCGUGCCGAGAAGUCUGCACGCAGCAGCGGAGGUGAGGCCGAGGAGCAAGUCAUGAUCCUUGAAGCAUGGAGUAAGUUCGAGCAGGAGCAUGGUGAUCCUGAAACGCAAGCCGCCAUUACCAAGCGGCUACCGAAGAAGAUUAAGAAACGCCGCGAGAACGGCGAAGAGUAUUUCGACUACAUCUUCCCCGAAGACAGAGACGCCAACCCGAAUUUCAAGCUACUUCAGAUGGCACACAUGUGGAAGCAAGGGCAAUAACGACCUGUGUACGCGCUCACGUAAUGGUACGUGCCCGUGGGUGCUUGUGUGUGUGUGUGUGUGUGUCUAUCUGUCUGUCUGUCUGUCUGUGCGUUUGUAGUCGUACUCUUUCGUUUUGACAUCCUCUACUUUUUUUGUAUGCAUGUAAAUAUUUUUGUACAGUGUACAUAGUGGACAUUUGCAAGACCAGCUUGCUUGCAAGCUGUAUACAUUCAUACGCUGUAUACAUUCAUGUACAUUAUUUUCGCAGCUCCUUUGUACAUAUCUGCUUUUGCUGUCUUGUUUUUAAAAUACAUGUACUUCAUGAUUCAUUUUGUAUCAUUUAGAAAGAAAAAGUAUGGUAAAUCCUGUAAAACCAUGGCAUUCUUAU